AUGAGGAAGAACGCAAGGAAUGAUUUCGAAAGAGAGUUCUUCAAGUUAAUGAAUAAUGCAGUCUUUGGCAAGACAAUGGAAAAUGUUCGUAAUAGAUUAAAAAUGCAAUUGGUGUCUGAUGAUAAGACGUGUGCAAAAUUAAUCAACCGAAAUACUUUUAGAGAUAUUACAAUUUAUAGUCAAAACCUUACGGCAAUACAUUUAGACAUGGAUGAAUUGAAAUUUGAUAAGCCAAUAUAUGUAGGGUUUUCGAUUUUGGACACAUCAAAGACAUUAAUUUAUGAUUUUCUCUACAACUAUAUGAUUAAGAUUUAUGGUUCAAACAUUGAAUUGAUGUAUACGGAUACAGAUACUACCUAA